GGGUAGUUAUGGAAAUGACAGAAGUGGAUAUGAUACUUGCGAGGAAGCUGAUGGGGUGCUGAAAGUAAAAGACAGUUGGGUUGGGAUUUCUCGGGAACCAGGACUGAGUCAGUGACUUGUUAAAACGACGCAACAAAAUGGCAGGGUGUCAACUGGUGGGAAAUUCGGUGUUUAAUGGGACCGACAGUCGAAAUUGCCAUUGUCGAUUCGUUAAAUUUUCGGGGCUGCCACUGUAUUAUCGUCUGCUCAAAGCUCCAUUGACAAAUAUCUCGGCGUCCAUUGAAGGUCCUCCUGACGGCUAUAGGAAAAAUGUCGGAAUUUGUCUCGUAAAUCCUUCUAAAAAGAUAUUUACAGCUUCGAGGAUAUAUAUCCCAAAUACCUGGCAAAUGCCUCAGGGUGGUGCUAAUAACGGUGAAGAUCUAAGAAAAGCAGCCAUGAGAGAACUUAGAGAAGAAACUGGUGUUACAUCAGCCGAAUUUCUUGCAGAGGCACCUUAUUGGCUGACUUAUGAUUUUCCUAUUAAAGUGAAACAUAAGCUUAAUCGUAGAUGGGGAACAAAUUAUAAAGGUCAAGCACAGAAAUGGUUUCUUUUUAAGUUCACCGGGAAUGAAGAAGAAAUCAAUCUUUUAGGUGAUGGUUCGGAGAAGCCAGAGUUCAAAGAGUGGUCAUGGAGGUUACCAGAACAAGUUGUGGAGCUUGCCGUGGAUUUCAAGAAGCCAGUUUACGAACAAGUUCUCAAAGUAUUCAGCCCCUACUUUUCAUUGGACACAGAUGAAGAGUAUCCGACUAAGAAGGGACCAAAUGGGGGAAAACACAUAAGCAGACUAUUAAAAGGAGUUCAACCAAGAGUAAACCUAGUGGAGGAAAAGUACAUAAGCAAAAUAGGAGUUCAACUUUACUUCAGGGUCAGCUAUCUUGAUUUUGCAUUGUUUUGGGAUUGAAAUGUGAAAAAUAAUAUUGGGAACUUUUCCGAUCAAGCUGAUGCGACUGGUUAUAUAAGUUUCUUCCUGAUGAAACUUGAUUUAUUUGUUCGUCGGCAAUCGCAAAUCUGUCCCUCCAUUUGUCUCUAUGAAUUGGACACUAGAACUAUUCUUUUGCAAGUUGAAACUUUUAAAGGCAAAUCCA